CUCAUCUCUACACUUAUUGAUCCAUUCUACAAGCCACUGAUAGCCAUCUAUAGAGAGCAUCAUUACGCCAUUGUUCCUACCCUCGCAGAUGCUCACACGAACUCCCUUCCUUACAUGGAAGGGGUGACAAUGCUCGACGGCUACACCCUAGACGAGGCUAUUGGAGAUGAUCUCACCGUAUACGGCGCGGCCGUUCUAUCCUAUCCACAAUGGGAGCUCUCGGAGUCUAUGAACCCGCCAGCCUUCCUGGCCGCUUUCCAGAAUGAAGUCGACAUCACUACCUUAUCCGGACAAGACUACCUUCCCCAAGACCAAUUGUUAUUCUACGGGGAAUCUAGAUCAGGAGACCAUUGGAUCGAUACAUACUCCGCCGUCAAUAACCAGACUCUAUCACCUGAUCGCCUGGUAACGGUCGCUGACGAACCAUCCUCAACCUUGACUCCUCCGCUGCAGUUGUCGCAAGAGCCACUCAAAAAGCCCAGCCGAAAGAGUAAGACGCAGCUCAGGGAACUCGAAGCUCCAAAACCCGCUAGACGCAAUACCAGAGGAGACAAUAAUACGGAUGAUCAGAGGAGGAAAGGGAUUCUUGCUGACGGAAAUGGGAUCAACGUCAGCAGCGGCGCGACUAAUGAAAAACAACCCGCGAAACAUAAGCAAGCGCAAGAGAGAAAUCGCAUUGCCGCCGAUAAAUGCCGCAUGAGAAAGAAGGAUGAUCUUGCGAGACUCCAGUCCGUUGAACAGGUUAUGGAGCAACGCCAUAGAACGCUAUCUAGCUGCGUGGGUGAUCUGAAAGAAGAGAUUUUAUAUCUCAAGAUGCAACUAUUACAGCACACGAGUUGUAACUGCACCCUCAUACAUCACCACAUUAACAAAGAGGCACAGCAGUAUAUUCACGCUCUAGAGCCGAGAUAG